AAAAGCCCCCACAUUAGAGUGAGAGCGGACUGUUUCACAUGGGCAGAGGGUGGAAGCGGAAGCAUUUGUUUUACUCUCGUUUUUCUCAAGAUCUCUGAUGGGGAUUUCCAGACUAUCUCAGGCAGAAUGAUUUCUUCGUGCUGUCCAGCUGGCAUCUAGAAACUUCACAAAGCGGUGCAACAGAGAAGAGCAAUAUGAAAAAGCCACGGGCCAGAAAUCUCCUCUCAGCUUUCUGUCUCCUUGCUAGCCUUUUUACCAUAGGUUUAUGUAGAAUAACUGGUCCGGUGGCAGAUAUUCCUAUAAGAAAAAACAGAACAACUUGUGUGAACAGCGACAUCAUUGGAAUUAUUGGAGAGGAAGUGAUGCUGCCCUGUCCCUGCGACUCAGAGAUGGAACCGGAUCAACUGUACCUCUACUGGCAAAUAAAGGAAACAGUGGUAGAUGCCUUCAUUAAAGGAAGCACACCCAGGUCGCACCAAAAUAUAAUGUAUCAGAACAGAACCAAGCUGUUCGUCAGAGAAAACAGAACCUGCUCUAUCCUUCUAUCCCAACUAUCUGUAAAGGAUGAAAAUAAAUAUCAAUGUCACUAUGGCAGACAGAAUAAGCAAAUGCUUCAGGUCGAUGUUUCUUUGCUUGUAGCUGCUAACUACACGUCUCCAGUGCUGCAAGCCCCAGGUGAACAGACUGGGGGGCGCUACACCUGCACUGCCACUGGAGGAUUCCCAGCAGCCACCAUUCACUGGCUCCUGGAUGAACAGCCCGCGCCCUGGAACCCGGAGACACAACAGGCUGUGGUGAAUAAGUCUACUGGUCGCUACAACGUCACCAGCACACUAGCUGCCAAUAUCUCCCAGUACUCCACUCUCACCUGCGUUGUAGAAAACAAGAGGCUGCAGGUCAAUCUUUCUCAAACAUUAAAUUCUCCCCAUAUUCAAGGUGACCUACAGAACCACACAGUCAUUCCUGCUGCAGUGUUAUCUUGCUGUGUUGUUAUUGCUGUGGUCUGUCUUGGAAUAACAAUGAUGAGAAGAUAUCUGGGAACUUCACGAAAGACCGUGCGUCACAAUGAUGCUGUGAUAUAAGGAAAGCAAUGAUGGAAACAGCAAUGUGUUGAAAAAAAAAGCUGUUUUGGAACUCAUCGUUUAGACUGUUCCUCAUGAGAGACAUCAGACAAUUGUGCAAUCCUGGAUACAGAAACCUUUGCCAACGAGUGCCUUUAUAACCCUUGUUUCCUAGUCUGUCAUAUCUGCUGUCCAUUGUCAGUGAAACGCACCAGCAACAGGGUGAUGCAAUGCUAUACAGCCAGACCCACUUACCACACUUCAAAGGGACGGAGCAUACAUUGUGACAAAAAGCAGAGUGACAUUAUCAGCAGAUCAUCAAUAACCUAACAAACCAAACCACCACGUACACAUUUAAACCAGUUUGAGUUCUCUUCAAUGUCCUCGUACCGCCUGUAUGUAUCCUGUUUGGAGUAGAAGCCACCAGAGAGUUGUGAUAGGCAUUCAAAACUGAGUUCCUGUUUUUAAGAAUCUUUAACAGCGUUGAUGGCUACGAAGAAAAUGUUAGUUUGUUUGACGGUUUAAAUGUUUUAGUUUCUGAGACUUCAUUUUAAUCUGCAAUAGUAAAAAACCCCACUGAACUCACAAUCUCCACGAGUCAAGCAGGGUGAUAUGUGACCACAAGGCUGUCAGUACGGUGUAUACAGAAUGUGUCAAAAUACAGGCCAGUGGAUGCAGGCAUGUUGAAGUGAUAUUGAGUGGGUGGAAAUCAAGUGUCUGACUGUUACAUUUUGUUUAUAUUAAGCGGAGUAUAACAUUAGCCCAUGUGAUACUAUCAGGUGCUUUUUUCACAUUCAGUCCCAUUAUAUUGUGGUAGGAACAUUUCAGUGUGAUGAUAAUAAGCUGGGAGUGAUAUUAACCGGAACGAUACUAAACGAGUUUGACUGUAUAAGAAAUGUCAUGAAUCUUCACCAGUCCUGUGAAGAACACACCAA